UGAUCAAAAAAUAUUUGCAUCAUUUUCAACAACGCACGGGUGAUCUUAGUCUGUGAGACUGGACACGAGAAGGAAUGGAUGUUCAUUAUUUUUUAUUAUUUGCUGUUGAACAUUAUUUGCAAUUAACUUUUUUCUUUUUUGAGAGGAAAUUUAGUUCGUUUUUUUCUAAUUUUACCGAAUCACGCGAGUUAUAAAUGAAAUCUGGCAAAAGUGCAUCUCGCCCUCAAUGCAAUUAUUCCGUUCGCGCCUUUAUGGCACGCUUCACUCUCACUGUCACUCUGUUAGAGAUCAGGGGCGGAGAGAAACAUUUAGAAAAACCUCUAGUGUGAUCGUUGAUGUUCGUUUUGUAUGUGUCUUGGUUUUCACUGAAGUCCUUCACUGUGUUCUCUAACCGUUAUCUUCAACAUGCCUCAGCCGAAAUGGUACCACAAAUCUCUGUCAGAAUUGUGUAUGGACAGUAUCGUCGAUAACAUGGAGAAAUGGACGGCAUCGCGUAGUUCAGUGCACGUUUCCAGCCUCUUUUACCUUCUGCCUUCACAUUGUCUGGAGUACAUGACUCUUGAAUGGGUCAAAAGAAACCACUGGGGUAAAAAAAAAGAGAUGUUUGAAUUGCUCCUGAACCCACAUUUGAAAAUUCUGGAUUUUUCACAAAGUAAUAUGCAUAUCACUGACAGUCUUCACAUCGUGCGUUUAGCAUCAGUCAGAUGUUCGCAACUCACUACACUGAAGAUAAGUUUUUUCACAUCAAAUCUACUAGAAAAUACUUUUGCCCCCAUUUUGCAGCUUUUCGAACACCUGCAGAUCCUUGAUUUAUCUGGCACAUUUUAUGCUGGUGCUAGUUGCAUGAGGAAUCUUGGAUUUACUGAUAAACCAAAACUAAGGGAGUUGCUAGUUGAUUGCUGCCCUGGUGUGACCGAUUCCGUAGUUAAAGUGUUUUGCAAAGGUCAAAGUUCCCUUCACAAAUUAUCAGUUAGGAGAACGGACGUGACUCAUAUCGGAAUUCGAUUUGCUAUCGAACAUUUACCAGAGUUGAAAGAAUUAAAUUGCAACAAUGAGUCUGAUAUCCUCAAAGUUUUUCAUGAAAUUCGUAAUGACACCAGAGAAUCAAAAAAAUAUUCCUUGACCAAGUUGUCUAUGUCAAUGCCAUACGAAGUCCCCUAUAAAAAAGGCACCGUUUCCUUGAUGGUUGACAUGUGCCCGUCGCUCGUCGAUCUUUUCAUAAAUGUAUGCGAUGACAGAUUUACUAAUGAGGAGUUAUUAGGUUUUCGAGAACUUAAACUAUUAAAAAAUCUUGAAAUUUCCUUCCCGUCAAUCGGUGUUCGUGGCGGAGUAAUUCCUCUUCUACAAGCUCGUGGCCCUACACUAGAAGAGUUAUAUUUAAGGAUGGAAUUAACGAGUAUAGAAGUCUCUCUUAUCAUCGAGUGCUGCCCGAAUGUUCGCCGUUUGCGACUUGUUAUAAAAAGUACCGAUGGGGAAAAUACUCCUGAACAUGUGGUAGAUGAUUGCGUCCACUCUUCUCUUUGUUCUCCAAAGGCAGUAUUUCCGUUAAGGAUGCUGGAAGAAAUCUCUCUGUAUUCUUAUUUUUCUCGAUUUACUAUUUCUCGCAAAUUGUUGCUAUUGCUUUUGUCUUCCCCUGCUCUUACAGUGGUUUCCAUAGAAAAUUGUUUUACGCUUGAUGACCAGAUGAUUGAGGAAGUUUGCACUAAAAACAGUUUCAAGUAUUUGACCAAGUUAAAGUUUCACGGUUGUUCUAAUGUGAGCCAGAAAGGCAUCGAUUUCUUCCUGAACGAAUCGAAUCCAUUGUCCGAAAUUUUGUUGAAUACUGUCGAAAUGAUGUGAACAUGGAGCCGAGCAUUAAGAUAUGGUAACCAUGACUAAAGAGAAGCAUUGGAAUUUAAAAAAUAAGUGUUAGAAUCUUGUGUGAUUGAUAGAUGCGAUCUAGGGUCGAAUUCUCUGAAUGUUCAGCAGGAGUAGUUGGUGACUUGGUGGAUCGGUUGUUGGCAGAUCGGUCGUCAUUGUAUUAUUUCCGUCGAUCAAUUUGUCAAAGUACAGUUCCCUACCCAUAGAUGGCUAUGGCUUAAUGUGCAGAACAACAAAACAAAACAUUGAUGACACUGUCUGUUACUGAUCGACAUGUUCGUUAUGUUAUUUUUUUUUUGUUUAAUCCUCGCUAGUUUAAAUUCACAAUUUUGUGCAUGUAACUAGUCAAUGUCGAUGGAGAAUUCGCUAAAAUGAUUCCAGCUUGUAAAUCCUUCGGCGUUUUGCAGAUUUCCUAAGACAACAACACAAGCGCUUUAAUCUUGUGAAUUUCACUAGAACAAACUUUCUGCAUUCAAUUUACAAUGAGGAAAUUAAAAGCCUCUUGUUAUAUUUUAUUCUCAAUGUUUUUCAUAUUUCAUUAUUGCCAAACAUCACAGCAGACUGUAGGUAAUGCUUUAACAACUGAAACAAAAGAGACGAAAGAAGAUGAUAAAUCAAAUGAAUGGAAAAUCCCUUCCCAAACAGAGAAAAUCAAUGAUGUCAGUGAACUCAGAAGCUCUCCUUUUCCAGAUGAUACUCAAGCCUUGCCAACAAUCCGACCUCAAAUACCCAUUGCUAAACCAAAUUUUCCAAGAGUGGCUGUACCAUUUGUCAUUGCUAUGUGGGUGUUUGGCACAUGCAUCAUGAAAUUAAUGCUCAGUGGUUGGCCAAAACUUCUCACUGUAGUUCCUGAAUCCUGCUGUUUGAUCCUUACCGGUAUUUUUGUGGGGAUAAUCUUCUACAUAACAAACACUACUGUAUUGUCACCACUGUCGUCAACCAUCUUCUUCUUCUGUAUGUUGCCUCCCAUCAUAUUUGAUGCCGGCUUCUUUAUGCCGAACAGGCCAUUUUUCGACCACCUUGGCACUAUUCUCCUGUUUGCCGUCAUGGGAACUAUUUUUAACACCGUUUGCAUUGGUAUUAGUCUUUGGGCAUGCGGUUUGUCUGGUCUCUAUGGUUUCCAAAUCUCCCUUCUAGAAACCCUAAUUUUUUCAGCUCUUAUAUCUGCCGUCGAUCCUGUUGCAGUGUUGGCCGUUUUUGAGGAAAUUCACGUAGACAAAGUGCUCUACAUUAUCGUCUUUGGAGAGUCUUUGCUUAACGACGCUGUUACUGUGGUUCUCUAUAACAUGUGUGACUCUUACAUCUCUCUUGGGCCAGAGAACAUUGAAGCUAGUGACGUCUUAUCCGGUUUCGCCUCUUUCGUAGUCGUGGCUUUGGGCGGAACAAUGAUAGGCAUCUUUUGGGGCUUCUUGACCGGGUUUGUCACCAAGUAUACUCACCGUGUUCUCGUUAUCGAACCAAUUUUUAUUUUUAUUAUGAGCUAUGUAGCUUAUGUAAACGCAGAAGCGUUCCAAAUGUCCGGAAUUCUUUCAAUAAUGUUUUGUGGAAUAACCAUGAAGAAUUACGUUGCAGAGAACGUGUCAACUACGUCACUUACCACAGUUAAAUGUGGUUUGAAAGUGCUUAGCAAUGGUUCCGAAUCCAUUAUAUUCAUGUUUUUAGGCAUCAGUACCGUCAAUGAUUAUCACGAAUGGAACACUGCUUUCAUUGGACUUACUAUUUUUUUCUGUUCGCUGUACAGAGCUCUCGGCGUUGUGCUAUUGACAGAAAUCGCCAACUACUUCCGUCUUCAUCAGCUGAAUAGGGUGGAAAAAUUUGUCAUGUCUUACGGUGGGUUGCGUGGAGCAAUCGCUUUCGCUUUAGUCCUCCUCAUCGACCCGAAACGCAUCCCUCACCAACCGCUUUUUGUUACCGCAACAAUAUCUGUUGUCUUUUUCACGGUGUUUGUUCAGGGUAUCACUAUGAAACCGCUCGUAGAAUUUCUGAAAGUAAAACGCGAAGAAAAUCAAGAAAAAACAAUGAACGAACGUCUUCACGAAAAGAUGCUUGAUUAUACCAUGGCCGGAGUCGUCGAUAUUUUGAAUCAAUUGAGUAGUAAUAAAGUUCGCGAUAAAUUCAAACAGUUUGACUACGCCUACAUUCGUCCUUAUUUGAUUCGGGAAAAGAAACACCACGAACCCAAAAUCCUGGAAACAUACUCGAAGUUGACUAUGCAAGAUGCAGUAGAGUUUGCCCGUCGCAAUCCUUCUAGCUGGACCGUACAAGGCACAAAUUCUUUUGCCAGUUUUUUCAGGAACGAUACUACCGCAAAUUUUCUGCCUUCAAAUGAAGGUGAAAUCAACCUUGAUUUUGGAGAACUCAAUUUUAAACCAUCCACGAAGGAUCUCUGGGAUGCCGAGACUCAUCAUAUGCUUCCCGACGCCGUUUGCAUGUCCCAUCGAAGCAAAUGUGUCGCCGGGCAUUCAACCUCCUCGAGUUAUAUUUCGAGAAAUAAUUCUAAACGAAAGAGAGUUUCCGGAUCUGAAGCAGUUAAUAUUAAUAAACAUCGAGUGGAGAAACAGACUUCAUGCGAGGUACAGCAACACACACAACAUGAAAUGAGAAAUCGGCGACAAGGAGUUCCGGCAGUUGUGUUAGAUAAUGAAAGAGGACUAUCUUACGUUAAAAGCAAUAUUAAUGAAGUUAAAAAGGAAGAAAAAAUUGAAAUUGAUUACGAAGAAGAAGGAGGAAUUUCGUUCGUUGUUUAUCCACAAACUUAUGAAGAUUCCAAAUCUGUGGAGAUUUCAGCGGUUAUUGAAAUGCCUCUUCCCUGGAAAACAGACCUUGGUUCACCUCAACAAAGACCCAAGGAAUUCUUCCAUGACAUCUAAAAUUUCCUAGCGUAUACCCAUUUUAUUCCAUAUAUUAGUAAUAUAAAGUGAUAGAACUUUAGGCUACCGUGAAAAUAACGUGUUCUUCAAACCAACCUUAAAUAAAUUUUGCGUUACUUUU